CUGUGUAAAAUCACAGAACCUUGGAAUUUUCUCGAUUGUGAUGCUGUUACCUUUCAGGCGUUACAUACGGUUGGCCGUCGUCCGCCAGUGAACUCCCAGAUUGACUGCGUGGCCAGUCGCAACCUAAAACGCCUUCCAGGAUUGAUUGAUAUUCAUGUGCACGUCAGAGAACCUGGCGCAACUCACAAGGAAGACUGGUACACUUGCACCCGUGCAGCUCUGGCCGGUGGUAUCACACAAAUAUUGGCAAUGCCCAACACAAACCCUCCGCUCAUUGAUAUGGAUAGUUAUCAGGUCGUUGAAAAGCUAGCAGCAAACAAUGCUGUAGUGGACUACGGUCUGUAUGUUGGUGCAACACCAGGAAAUGCCCGAAUUGCGUCUGAACUUGCACCAGCGGCCGUCGGGUUAAAGAUGUAUCUGAAUCAGACGUUCUCAACCUUGAAAAUGGAUUCAGUUGCUGAUUGGGUGAAGCACUUCGAAUCGUUCCCGACGUCACGGCCAAUAGUCUGUCAUGCCGAGAAACAAACUGUGGCUGCGGUUCUUUGUGUGGCACAGAUGACUGGUCGAGCUGUGCAUAUCUGCCAUGUUUCAAACGCAGAGGAGAUCCAGUUGGUCCGCGAUGCCAAGCGAAAGGGUUGGCCAGUGACGUGCGAAGUUUGCCCACAUCAUCUUCUGCUGACGGAGGAAGAUUUACCACCCGGUGUAAAAGAGGUUCGCCCACGCCUGGCGACAGUCGAGGACAGGAACGCUCUUUGGGCCAAUCUUGAGUAUAUUGACUGCUUCGCUACCGAUCACGAAAAGGCUCCACCCGGCUUCCCUGGUGUGGAAUACAUGGUGCCACUAUUGUUGACAGCGGUCUCGCAAGGAAAAUUGACUAUACGGCAACUGCUCGACCGACUAUACUACAAUCCGAAGCGAAUAUUCGGUUUUACCCGACCAGCCAGACACGUUGAUCUGAAUGAGGAGUGGAUGAUCCCUGAAAGUGGUGGAGAAAGCAAGGCGGGAUGGACACCGUACGCGGGAAUGAAAGUUCGAGGACGAGUCCAGAAAGUCGUUGUUCGGGGAGAAGAGGCUUUUGUUGAUGGAGUGAUCCAUGCUAGGCCUGGCUUUGGCAUGAAUAUUCGUUCGUUCACAAGAGCUGAUGUGUUACUUGGUAGUUCGAGUAAUGAAGUGGUCUCAGUCCUGGAUCAAUGCUACCGUGAAUUGGCAAGUGGGGCACUGAUGAAGCAACCGGAAGCUGAGGCGCAAGGUUUCGAUGGAAGUAUAGCCCUCCCUAUCUUACGUUGUUCACAAUUUCCGGGCCUCGGAGUGACGCUAGCUUGGAAGCGCAUUUGA